AUGACAAAGGUUUUCGUUACAGGUGCAACAGGUUUUGUUGCUCAGCAUUUGAUCUAUCAACUACUUGGAAAAGAUUACACCGUUGUUGGUUCCGUUCGUUCAACUGAAAAAGGUGAUACGUUGACUUCAUUGUUCAAGAAUCCAAACUUCCAUUACGAAAUUGUCAAAGAUUUGAUCAACUCAAAAGAUGAUUUUGAUAAGGCAUUACAAAAACAUCCAGAUAUUGAAGCAGUCUUACACACCGCAUCUCCAGUUUUCCCUAGUGAUUUGAAAGACGUUGAGAAAGAUAUGAUUUUACCAGCAAUUCAUGGUACUAGAAAUGUUUUACUUUCCAUCAAAGAGAAUGGCAAAAAUGUCAAGAAGUUUGUCUACACAUCAUCACUUGCUGCUGUACGUUCAGAACAAAGCUAUAGCUCAGAUGAAGUGGUUACUGAGGAUUCUUGGAAUAAGAUUACUUUAGAUGAAGCCAAAUCAGAUGAAGGUUUAGCCUAUGAAGCGUCAAAGACACAUGGUGAAAAGGAGGUCUGGGAUUUUUUCAAAGACAAUAACGUCGAUUUUAAAUUCAGCAUAAUCAACCCGGUUUAUAUCUUUGGUCCUCAAUUAUUUGACCAUUAUGUUAAGGAUCAGUUGAACUUUUCAAAUGAAAUCAUCAAUGGUUUGCUGAAAAAGGAGGAUAAAAAGAUUCAAGGGUAUCAAAUUGAUGUUAGAGAUGUUGCAAAAGCUCAUGUUGCAGCUAUUGAGAAUCCUAAAACAACAGGUCAAAGAUUGAUCACCGCGUUAGCACCUUACACACAGCAAACGAUCUUGGAUAUUAUUAAUAAAAACUUUUCAGAAUUGAAAGGGAAAGUUGAUGUUGGUGAGCCAGGGUCCGACGAAAAGUUUUUCAAACAAUACUAUACACUUGACAAUUCAAAGACUAGAGAAAUUUUGGGGUUUGAUUUUAUUCCACAAGAGCAGACUAUUGUGGACACCGUUUCUCAAGUUUUAGCUGCUCAGAAGGGAAAAUGA